AUGGAGCAACAAGAACCGGAGUCCACUUGGCUUCCCCACAUCGUCUCCGAAAAUGGGAAUUAUUCUGUGCACCACAACAGCCACCGAAGAUACCAGGAAGCUGUACAGAAGGUGUUGUUAAAGACAUUCCCGAAUCAGGUCUUCAGGGUCCCUUUGACUGAUGCCCAGAACUUCAGCUUCUGGCGGUCACAUGAUCCCGGAGUGCGUCCAGAGGACACCGUGCCAUGGAUCCGGGGCCCCCAUUACGGUCUCAGGAAAAGUCCAGUGACCAGGUGA